AAAAUAUAUGGAUUGAUGGAUUAAGAAUUUAAAAAGUACAUACUGGCCACCAAGAAUCUCUACAUGCAGAAACAUCAGCAAGGUCCGUGGGGCCGGUGCAUGGGAGAGGAGUGUGGCCCUGGAGGCAUCCAGACCCGGGCUGUGUGGUGCGCGCAUGUGGAGGGCUGGACCACGUUGCACACCAACUGCAAACAGGUCGGGAGGCCUAAUAACCAGCAGAAUUGUUUCAAAGUGUGCGACUGGCACAAAAAGUUGUACGACUGGAGACUAGGGCCCUGGAACCAGUGCCAGCCAGUGAUUUCAAAAAGCCUGGAGAAACCCCUGGAGUGCACGAAGGGGGAAGAAGGCAUUCAGGUGAGGGAGAUCGCGUGCAUCCAGAAAGACAAAGACCUACCGGCCGACGACACCAUCUGCGAGUACUUUGAGCCCAAGCCCCUCCUGGAGCAAGCUUGCCUCAUUCCUUGCCAGCAGGACUGCAUCGUGUCAGAGUUUUCCCCGUGGUCCGAGUGCUCCAAGACCUGCGGCAGCGGGCUCCAGCACCGCACACGGCACGUGGUGGCGCCGCCCCAGUUCGGAGGCUCCGGCUGCCCCAAUCUGACAGAGUUCCAGGUGUGCCAGUCCGGUCCGUGCGAGGCCGAGGAGAGCAUGUAUAGCCUCCAGGUGGCGCCCUGGAGCACGUGCUCCCUGCCUCACCUGAGACCAGCCAGACAAGCCAGGAGGCGGGGCAAAAAUAAAGAUCGGGAAAAGGACAGAGGCAAAGGAGUCAAGGACCCAGAAGCCCGGGAACUUAUCAAGAAAAAGAGAAAUAGAAACAGACAGAACAGACAGGAAAACAAAUACUGGGACAUCCAGAUUGGAUAUCAGACCAGGGAGGUUAUGUGUAUUAACAAGACGGGAAAAGUUGCUGAUUUGAGUUUUUGCCAGCAAGAGAAGAUGCCAAUGACUUUCCAGUCCUGUGUGAUCACCAAAGAGUGUCAAGUAUCUGAGUGGACGGAAUGGAGCCCAUGCUCAAAACUGUGCCGUGAUGUGGUGUCCCCAACAGGCACUCGUGUUAGGACACGGAUCAUCCAGCAGUUUCCCGUGGGCAGUGAAAAGGAGUGUCCAGAACUUGAAGAGAGAGAAGCCUGUGUGUCCGAAGGAGAAGGAGUUGCUCUCUGUGCCACGUACGGCUGGAAAACUACGGAGUGGACGGAGUGUCGCGUGGACCCUUUGCUCAGUCAGCAGGACAAGAGGAGAGCCAACCAGACUGCCCUCUGCGGGGGCGGCAUCCAGACCCGAGAGGUGUACUGCGUGCAAACCAAUGAGAACCUCGUCUCUCACUUACAUAGCCACAAGGACAGGGAAGCCUCAAAACCAGUGGAUUCCAAAUUAUGCACUGGCCCUGUACCUAAUACUACACAGCUGUGCCACAUUCCCUGUCCAGUAGAAUGUGAAGUUUCACCGUGGUCAGCUUGGGGACCUUGUACUUAUGAAAAUUGUAAUGACCAGCAAGGCAAAAAAGGCUUCAAACUGAGGAAGCGGCGCAUAACCAAUGAGCCCACUGGAGGCUCUGGGGGAACUGGAAACUGCCCCCACUUACUGGAAGCCAUUCCCUGUGAAGAGCCAUCCUGCUAUGACUGGAAAGCAGUGAGGCUCGGAGACUGUGAACCAGAUAAUGGGAAGGAGUGUGGUCCAGGCACACAAGUUCAAGAGGUUGUGUGCAUCAACAGUGAUGGAGGGGAAGUCGACAGACAGCUCUGCAGAGACGCCAUCCUGCCCAUUCCUGUGGCCUGCGAUGCCCCAUGCCCAAAGGACUGCGUUCUCAGUGCAUGGUCCACCUGGUCCUCCUGCUCACAUACCUGCUCGGGGAAAACGACAGAAGGGAAGCAGAUACGAGCAAGGUCCAUUCUGGCCUACGCAGGUGAAGGAGGUGGAACUCACUGUCCAAACAGCAGUGCUUUGCAAGAGACACGCAGCUGCAAUGAACAUCCUUGUACUGUGUACCACUGGCAAACUGGUCCCUGGGGCCAGUGCAUCGAAGACACCUCAGUGUCGUCCUUCAACACAACUACAGCUUGGAAUGGGGAGGCCUCGUGCUCUGUCGGCAUGCAGACUAGAAAAGUAAUCUGUGUGCGAGUGAAUGUGGGCCAAGUGGGACCCAAAAAAUGUCCUGAAAGCCUUCGGCCUGAAACUGUGAGGCCUUGUCUGCUUCCUUGUAGGAAGGACUGCGUUGUGACCCCCUAUAGUGACUGGACACCGUGCCCCUCUUCAUGUAAAGAAGGGAACUCUGGAGUCAGGAAGCAGUCUCGACACCGGGUCAUCAUUCAGGUGCCAGCCAAUGGAGGCCGAGACUGCACAGAUCCUCUCUAUGAAGAGAAGGCUUGCGAGUCCCCUCAAGUGUGCCAAAGCUACAGGUGGAAGACUCACAAGUGGCGAAGGUGCCAGUUAGUCCCUUGGAGUGUACAGCAGGACAUCCCCGGGGCACAGGAAGGCUGUGGCCCCGGACGACAGGCAAGAGCCAUUACUUGUCGAAAGCAAGAUGGAGGGCAGGCUGGUAUUCAUGAAUGCCUCCAGUACUCUGGCCCUGUGCCAGCCCUCACUCAAGCUUGCCAGAUCCCCUGCCAGGACGACUGUCAAUUUACCAGCUGGUCCAAAUUUUCUUCAUGCAAUGGAGACUGUGGUGCAGUUAGGACCAGAAAGCGCACUAUCGUUGGAAAAAGUAAAAAGAAGGAAAAAUGCAAAAAUUCCCAUUUGUACCCACUGAUGGAGACUCAGUAUUGUCCUUGUGACAAAUACAACGCACAGCCUGUGGGGAACUGGUCGGACUGCAUUUUACCAGAGGGGAAGGUGGAAGUGCUACUGGGAAUGAAGGUUCAAGGAGACAUUAAGGAAUGUGGACAAGGACAUCGUUACCAAGCAAUGGCGUGCUAUGAUCAAAACAGCAGGCUCGUGGAAACAUCCAGAUGUAACAGCCAUGGCUACAUUGAAGAGGCCUGCAUCAUCCCCUGCCCCUCAGACUGCAAGCUCAGUGAGUGGUCCAACUGGUCCCGCUGCAGUAAGUCCUGUGGCAGUGGUGUGAAGGUGCGGUCUAAAUGGCUUCGUGAAAAACCAUACAAUGGAGGAAGGCCCUGCCCCAAACUGGACCAUGUGAACCAGGCACAGGUGUAUGAGGUCGUCCCAUGCCACAGUGACUGCAACCAGUACAUAUGGGUCACAGAGCCAUGGAGUGUUUGCAAGGUGACUUUCGUGAAUAUGCGAGAUAACUGUGGAGAAGGCGUGCAAACCCGUAAAGUGAGAUGCAUGCAGAAUACAGCAGAUGGCCCUUCUGAACUUGUGGAGGAUUACCUCUGUGACCCAGAAGAGAUGCCCCUGGGCUCUAGAGAGUGCAAAUUACCAUGCCCUGAAGACUGUGUAAUAUCUGAAUGGGGCCCAUGGACCCAAUGUGCUUUGCCUUGCAAUCAAAGCACUUUCCGGCAAAGGUCAGCUGAUCCCAUCAGACAACCUGCUGAUGAAGGAAGAGCCUGCCCUGAAGCUACGGAAAGGGAACCCUGUAAAGUGAACAAAAACUGCUACCACUAUGAUUAUAAUGUGACAGACUGGAGUACAUGUCAGCUGAGUGAGAAGGCAGUGUGUGGAAAUGGCCUUAAAACAAGGAUGUUGGACUGUGUCCGAAGUGAUGGUAAAUCGGUGGACCUGAAAUAUUGUGAAGAGCUUGGCCUUGAAAAGCACUGGCAGAUGAACACGUCCUGCGUGGUGGAAUGCCCUGUGAACUGUCAGCUGUCUGACUGGUCUCCUUGGUCGGAAUGUUCUCAAACAUGUGGCCUCACAGGAAAAAUGAUCCGAAGACGAACAGUGACGCAGCCCUUUCAGGGUGAUGGAAGACCAUGUCCUUCCCUGAUGGAACAGUCUAAGCCCUGCCCAGUGAAGCCCUGUUAUCGGUGGCAAUAUGGCCAGUGGUCUGCAUGCCAAGUGCAGGAGGCCCAGUGUGGAGGGGGAACCAGAACAAGGAACAUUUCAUGUGUAGUCAGUGAUGGUUCAACUGAUGAUUUCACCAAAGUGGUGGAUGAGGAAUUCUGUGCUGACAUUGAACCCACUGUAGAUGGUAAUAAAAAAAUGGUUCUGGAGGAAAUUUGCAUCCAGCCUUGCCCAGGGGACUGUUACUUGGAGGACUGGUCUUCGUGGAGCCUGUGUCAGCUGACCUGUGUGAAUGGAGAAGAUCUUGGUUUGGGUGGAAUACAAGUCCGAUCCAGAGCAGUGAUUAUUCAGGAACUAGAGAAUCAACAUCUGUGCCCAGAGCAGAUAUUAGAAACAAAGUCAUGCGAUGAUGGACAGUGCUAUGAAUACAAGUGGAUGACAAGUACGUGGAAGGGCUCUUCCAGGAGAGUCUGGUGCCAAAGGUCAGAUGGUAUAAACGUAACAGGGGGCUGCCUCGCGAUGAGCCAGCCAGAUGCUGACAGGUCUUGUAACCCUCCAUGUAGCCAACCCCAUUCGUACUGUAGCGAGGUAGGUGGAAAACCCAAUAGGACGGACAAGAGGGCUGCUUUGUCAUCCUGCUGUCUCUCACGCACAUUCUUCUUAGAUGGGAGACUAAAGACCUGGGUUUAUGGUGUUGCAGCUGGGGCAUUCGUAUUACUCAUCUUUAUUGUCUCCAUGAUUUAUCUGGCUUGCAAAAAGCCAAAGAAACCCCAAAGAAGGCAAAACAACCGACUGAAACCUUUAACUUUAGCUUAUGAUGGAGAUGCAGACAUGUAAAAUAGAAUUUUACCUGACUACGACAAAUUUUGGCUUUCUGACUCUGUAGUUGAUAACCAGGGGCCAUGAUGACAAUAUACAAACUGUGGAUUAUAAUUCAUUUUAACUUUUUAAAAUAGCAUCAUGAAGAAAAGAAUGAAAAUCACAUUGCCACUGGAAAUCUUCAAGACAGUACCACUUACUCAUAGACCAUUAACUCUAAUAAUUCUAGGAGAUUUAGUUGAACACAUGCUACAUUUUGGGAGUUUUAUGUCAUUUUUCUUGAAAUCUUCCAAUUGAGAAACCACUUUCAUCUCCAAAAAAUAGUGAUGAAAUUUGCCAGAGGGGUUGUCUGAUGCAAGACUCUUUGCAGUGUUUAACCCACAGAACUUUCUAGCAUGAAGAGUUUAUACCAAGAUCCCUACAGUGCUAUAGUCAAACAUAACAACAUGUAUACUCAGCUGAAUGAUAUUCAUUAUAAUUUCAUAUUAUGUACUCGAUAAUAAGCAACUCUAACAGUGAAGAGGUUGGCUCCAAGCUGAGCAGAAACCCCAUGGAAUAAAGUCAGCAUCUUUGUGGUUCUGCGUAGCGUGUAUUUAUUUGCAUUUCAGAGACAAAGACUCUUUUAUAAGACUUCAUUCUUGUCUUUCCAGAAUGUACAAAUGCUCAACAUGUACUAGAAUCUUAGAAGAAAGAGUCCUCGAUUUCAGUAUUUUAUAGUAGCUAUUUUAUAGUAGCUAUUGUCUGAUUGCUUGUGUUAAUACAUUUCUACUUUCCCUAAUAAUUUUCAAACUGGUUGCCUGCAUCUUUUUUGCUAUAUGGAAGGCACAUUUUUGCACUAUAUUAGUGCAGCAUGCUGGGCACUUAACCAGUAUUGCCGUAGAAACUGCCUCUUUUCGUAUGGUAUGAAGACAUCUGUGCCAAGAGGGUCCUGGAGACAUUUGCAAUUUCUUGUACCCUGAAGAGUGAAGUUCAGUUUGAAUGGCGACAGGAUGGAAUCAGCCAGGACGCCUGCUGUGUGAACUCUUGCUCCUUACCACAGCCUGUGAAACUGGCAACAUGGCUGUAACCUACGUGGGGAGGUCCCCACGAACCCUCAAAAGGUGGAUCCCUCUAGUUGGUUUGUAAUUGUUCUUUGAAAGCUGUUUAUGACUAGAUUUUUAUAUUUGUUAUCUUUGUUAAAAAAAGAAAAGAAAAGAAAAAAAGGAAACGGUUGUCUCUUUAAUUUCAAGCAGAUGGAAAAAUAGCAUAUCAGUGAUUUUGUAACUAAAGGAAGUCAAAAGUAUGUGUUGGUUCUUUCUCCCUGAUUCAUGCCUCAGUUUCAGAUGCAGUCUGUUCUGCAGGCAAAAUCCCAUAGCCUUUUGUUUUUCUCGCUGGUUAAAUUUGCAGCAGUCUUUUAAAUAUAUGAUUUCAAAAAACCAAAAUUCGUGAAAGGAAGAGUGAGUGUCUUGUCUGGGACUUUAUUAACUAUCUACAGCAAGGGUGGUCCACAUUUUUUCCUUUAGAAUCGAAUAGUAAAUAUUUCCAGCUUGGUCUGCGUUGCAGUCUCUCAUCUCUGUCAAGCAUAAAAGCUGGCAUAGGUGAUGCACAGUUAGAAAAAGAAUGAACAUGACUGUUUUCCGUCAAAUUUUAUUUACAAAAGGCAGCCAGUAGGCUAUAUUUCCAUGCUCCAGUUUGCUUACCCUCACUCUAGAUGUUCCUUAAUACUAAUCUCUAUUGUGUCACUUUGGUUUUCAUUCACUUACCAUUUGUCUGUCACCGGAGCUUAAUUUCAAAGUGUAAAUCCAGUUGUUACAUUUACCAUGGCCUUGAAAGUCACUAUAUUUUUCACAGAAGUCCUGAGAGAUGGUGACAGUGAAGCAACAGAAAUAAUAACUAACUUAGUGGACUUCUUUCUUGUGAAAAGAAAGUGAAAGAUCAUUAAAAAGCAAUGUCAUUUUUCAGACAACACUUAUUACAACAAUCUUUGGGAGGAAAGAACACGGGUUUUUCAUGUCUUUUAAAAGUAGGAACAAGUUAUUUUUAUCUUAAAUUUAGCUGUGUUGCUGUGAAAGUGGUUUGGCUUGUUUUACCUUCAUAGAGUACACAGUGGAUUUUGAACUCCCCCUGCUGUCAGAAUAUUUGCAAAGA